AUGGUGUCGUUCUUCUCAUGUUUCAGUGGAUCCCGCCGGCGGGAAAGACAGAUUCUGGCAAAGAGAGAAGAAGCAGCACAAAAUCUUGAUCAGCUACCAUCAUGGACAGCCCCAGAUAAUAAAUUAAUCUUGCAAGCGUUUGAAUGGCAUGUACCUGCCGAUCAUCGCCAUUGGCUUCGUUUGAAAGCUGCAUUGCCAGAAUGGAAAUCUAUUGGCGUGGAUCAGAUCUGGAUUCCCCCAGGCUGCAAGGGCAUGGACCCUCGUGGCAAUGGGUAUGACAUUUAUGAUCUAUUUGAUCUUGGGGAGUUCGAUCAACAGGGAGCCAUCUCGACCAAGUGGGGCACUCGCAAGGAACUCGAAGAGUUGAUACGCCAAGCACAUGAUCUGGGGAUUGGUGUGAUUUGGGACGCUGUGCUCAACCACAAGGCCGGAGCAGAAUAUUCGGAAUCAUUCAAUGCGGUGGCAGUGGACCCGAAGCAACGAAACAAAGAGAUCUCGAAACUUUUGGAGAUCCAUGGCUGGACAGGCUUCGAUUUCCCCGGCCGCGGGGAAAUGUACAGUGCCAUGAAGUACCACUGGCAACAUUUCAGUGGCGUCGACUGGGAUGACAAGGGUAAAAAGCAACAGAUUUACAAAAUCCUGGGGCCCAACAAGGAUUGGGCACCAGAUGUUUCUGACGAGAUUGGCAAUUACGAUUACCUGAUGUUCGCUGAUCUUGACCAUUCCCACCCAGAUGUUCGCGAGGAUUUAUUAUAUUGGGGAACCUGGAUCACGAACUCCCUUUCUCUCAGCGGGAUGAGACUGGAUGCCGCCAAGCACUUCUCGAUGCGAUUUCAAAAAGCAUUUGUCGAGCACGUCAGGAAGACCGCCAACCCGAACUUUGUGGUGCUGAGCGAAUACUGGACGGGAGAUUUAUCGGCUAUUCACGACUACCUGGAAAAGGUGGACUACCAGACUUUGGCAUACGAUGUGCCUCUGUUGAUUAAGUUUUCUGAACUUUCGCAUACUCGGAGUCCAGACCUCCGCGGGAUUUUCGAUGGUACAUUGGUACAGACCACGCCAGAUAACGCCGUAACAUUUGUUGCCAACCAUGAUACGCAAGUAGGGCAAAUGCUGGAGACCCCCGUCGCCUCAUCAUUCAAACUCCUCGCCUAUGCACUGAUCCUCCUUCGAAAAGGGGGUCAACCUUGUAUUUUCUACGGAGACGUAUACGGGAUCCGAGCCAAUGUCGAGGUGCCAAUGACACCAGCGUGUGAUGGGAAGCUCCCCAUCCUGAGCCAAGCACGGAGGCGAUACGCAUAUGGCGAACAGGAAGAUUACUUUGACCAAGCAAAUUGCAUUGGGUUCGUCCGCUACGGCAAUGCCUAUCACCCCGGACUCGCGUGUGUUCUCAGCAGUGGUGGCCCUAGCAAGAAGCGCAUGUUUAUUGGUCGACAGUAUGCGAGUACAGAGUGGGUUGAUAUCCUGGGGUAUCAUGACACCGCUGUUCAUAUCGAUAAAAGGGGCUAUGGUAAUUUCCCCGUCAAGGCCGUGAGUGUUAGUGUAUGGGUUAGCGCGGUCGCCGUCGAGCAAGAUAACCUCCAAAGGGACUUGUAUGUGGAAAACCUCCCCCCCUCCUCAAAGUGGUUGUAUAGGACGACAGCUGAACACCGUGGACAUGUUGGAAAACGGACGGCAAACCCCGGGGUGGGCGAGGUUCACUGA